AUGGUUGAGGUAGGUGCCUCUGCCAAUGUGGUUCUGGAAGCUAUCAACUCGAAAAUGGGGGAGGAGCGUGCCUAUCCUAAGGUUGGUCUGAAUGUUGCCAAAUGGUCGAUCGUAAUACUUGUCCACAGCAUCACGGCAUUGAAGCGCUUUUUGCACGGGGAUGACCUGGCUGGUCAGCUGCUUCAGCUUGCUGAGCAGUUGCAACUCGUCACCUUUCAAAAGCGGGCUGGGUGUCUUGAGGCCUCAUGCGUCCUUCGGGGCAUUGUAAGGAUGACUCAGUCCAACUGCCUGAAUGCGGCGUUAGCGUUUUUGGAUUUUGCCAAACCGUUCGACACUGUGUCAAUUAACACAAUUAUUCGAGUCGCAGCAGCACAUGGAGACCCACCAGAGCUCCAGCAUUCUUUGCGUGCGUUAUACACCUCUUCGAAGUUGCUCCUUGACGACGAGGUGUCGGAUUGUCACAGAGGGGUGAGGCAGGGGGACCAACUGUUUCCUCUCUUUUUCAUCAUGGUUUCAACGAUUGCUGCUACACUGCCUGAUCGGGGUGCGACUAUUUGGGAAGAGAUUGGUGCUUUGGCAUACGCUCAUAAUCUUGUGUUGUUCGCAUUCUCCCAAGAGGCGUUAUCUGUGAAGCUGCGGGCUCUGCAGCACACUCUAUCGGCGACAGGUGUCGAAGAGGAACUCUGCGAAGCGGAAAGCCGAAAGCUUCGGGAGAUCGACGCUGAUGGGCAAAGGCUUUGUAGCCAACUGCUUUGGGCGGGACGCUCUCGGAGGUUCGGGACGACAAGUGAAGGAGGAUCUUCUUUGGAAGGACUACAAAUGGGGUUCUCACUAUCCCAGGAACCUACUUACACAUUCCCUGGAACUUGA